AUGUCACACGAGUCUGAUCCUGGUUGGCAAUACCUUCGCCAAUCGGCUGAACAGCUAUUGGCCGCCACGACCAAAAAAUUCGAUUCGAAAAAGAAUGUGUGGAUUGCUGAUCCGGAAGAAGGCUUCAUCGCCGCCGAGAUCAAGUCCACAAAGGGUGAUACGAUCACCGUGGUGACUUCGAAAGGAGCCGAGAAGACAUUGAAAAAGGAUGAUGCUCAACAAAUGAAUCCGCCAAAGUAUGAGAAGACCGAAGACAUGGCGAACCUCACGUUUUUGAACGACGCUUCUGUGCUUCACAAUCUUCGUCAAAGAUAUUACUCAAUGAUGAUCUACGGUGAACUUGCUUGCAAAUUAUUCUGCGUCGAGGCGGAAAAGUUUGUCAACUCGCUUUUGAAACCACGCGUGAAGGUCGGAACUGAAUGGGUGAACAAGGGUCAAAACUUGGAGCAGGUCAACUGGGCUGUUGAAGAGAAGAAGCGGAAAGAUAAAGAAGCUGAAGUUGCUCGAUUGGAAGCUGAGAAGCAAGCUUUGCUCAUUCAAUUGGAACAGGAACGUGAUUCCAAUGCUGAAGGCGAAGAGAGAUCUGCUAAGCUUUUGGCUCAAAAGGCUGACCUCGAGAAGCAGAUGGCCAAUAUGAAUGACCAGUUGUGCGAUGAGGAAGAGAAGAAUGCUGCUCUUCAGAAGGCCAAGAAGAAGGUUGAACAAGACAACGAAGGAUUAAAGAAAACUGUGUCUGAUUUGGAAACUACCAUCAAGAAGCAGGAAAGCGAAAAGCAAUCGAAGGAUCAUCAAAUCAGAAGCCUUCAAGUAAUUAUUAAUAAUUAG